AUGAAUGGUCCCAACUCCAACACUGAUCAGUCUGCUCUUUUAGCCUUCAAAUCCCAUAUCACUUUCAACCAUCCUCACAACAUAUUGGCAAAUAACUGGUCCUCAGCCACCUCUAUCUGCGACUGGAUUGGUGUCUUUUGUGGCAAGCACCACCGUCAAGUGAUAGCCUUGAAUCUUGCAAACCUGGGUCUAGGAGGCACCAUUCCACCCCAUAUAGGAAACCUCUCAUUUCUAUCCUACUUUAACAUUAGCAACAACACUUUCCAUGGUCAGCUUCCCGGUGAGAUAGCUCGAUUGCAUCGACUAAAAGUUGUCGACUUCAAAAUCAAUAACUUCAAUGGAAGUGUUCCGGCAUGGUUUGGAAACUUACCCAAGCUUCAGUACUUGCGUCUCAGAAACAACAGUUUGAUGGGUUCGGUUCCAGCUUCCAUUGGCAACACAUCAACGUUAGAGUCUCUCGAUUUAAGGUACAAUUUUCUGGAGGGAAGAGUUCCCGAAGAGAUUGGUUAUCUUCCUAAACUGAAGACGUUAUUCAUGCGAUUUAAUCAUUUUUCGGGGUCUAUACCCCCAACCAUCUUCAACGUCUCAUCACUUGAAUUGAUCGAUUUCACAUAUAAUAUGUUGUCUGGUAGUCUUCCGGAGGAUUUGUGCGUUUUUCUUCCGAAACUUGAAUUUCUCCGUCUUUCUAAGAAUGACGGCCAAAUUCCAACAACUCUAGGUGAAUGUAGACAGCUCCAAAUCAUAUCAUUGUCUUACAAUAAAUUCAGUGGGUUUCAUUCCAAAGACAAUCGGGAAUUUGACUUUGCUUCAAAUUUUGUAUCUUGGUGUAACAACUUUAAAGUUGAUAAUAUCGGUACUAGUGGUUUUGACGAAGAUGAUUGUUGA